AGAGCGAAGCGGGGAUGACGAACUAUUCAUCCCGGCGCAGUGGUGGCGACCGGCUGCCACGUUGGAUAUGCAUCAGCCCUGAACCUGGGAGAAUGGGAACCAGUGGAGAUCCCUCCUCCCAGCCAAGGCAGAAGCCGCCGGCCACUGACCUCUGCUACAAGACUGAAAUCAGCAGUCUAAUGGACUUCAACUCUCCGGAUGCUUCCCUGGACAAAGUCCUGCUGCGUGAGGAGGUGGCCCAGCUCCAGGAGGAGGUGCACCUGCUGCGGCAGAUGAAGGACAUGUUGAGUAAGGACCUGGAGGAGACCCAGGGAAGCUGCUCGGCCGACGUGCUCUCCGCCACAGAGCUCCGUGUGCAGCUGGCCCAAAAGGAGCAGGAGCUGGACCGAGCUAAGGAGGCUCUGCAAGCCAUGAAGUCGGACCGUAAGCGUCUGAAGGCGGAGAAAGCAGACCUGGUGAACCAGAUGCAGCAGCUUUAUGCCACACUGGAGAGCCGGGAGGAGCAGCUCCGCGACUUCAUACGCAACUAUGAGCAGCACAGAAAAGAGAGUGAGGAUGCGGUGAAGGCGCUGGCCAAAGAGAAGGACCUGCUGGAGAGAGAGAAGUGGGACCUGCGGCGGCAGACCAAGGAAGCCACAGAGCACACGGGGAUGUUGCGCUCCCAGCUCGACCUCAAGGAGAACCGCAUCAAGGAGCUGGAGGCUGAACUGGCCAUGGCCAAACAGUCACUAGCCACCCUGACCAAGGACGUGCCCAAGCGUCACUCUCUGGCCAUGCCCACGGAAACGGUUGUCAAUGGCAACAACCAGGAGUGGGUGAUGCAGGCUGACCUCCCCCUGACUGCUGCCAUCAGACAGAGUCAGCAGACCCUCUAUGUCCACGCAGGGCAUCCCACUGAUAGACAAGUGGCUGCCGUGCGGGUGAGCCCAUGCCACUCGCGUCAGCCCUCCAUCAUCUCUGACGCCUCUGCAGUGGAGGGAGACCGGUCAUCCACACCCAGCGACAUCAACUCGCCACGCCAUCGGACUCACUCCCUCUGCAAUUCCCUAGAAGAUCUGGAGGAGGCGAAGCGUAAGAAGAAGAAAGAGAAGAUGGGGCUGGGCUCUCUGUCGCGAGUCUUCGCCCGGGGAAAGCAGCGCAAAUCCCUCGACCCCGGUUUGUUUGAUGGUACUUCAACGCCUGAUUAUUACAUAGAGGAAGAUGCAGACUGGUAAAAAAGCACACAUGUCCGAACGAGCCACCCGGAGAGCCUCUGUGGCAAUUAUCAGAAGACAGCAUUGUGUUAAAGCGCGAGCGUGAGAGGAUGGGCGUGCGUUUGAUGUCAGUGUGUACAGAUAUAACAAUGUGUGUGCCUGUGCAGUCUCACAUGCAUGCAUACUUGCGUGUGUGUAUGCAUGUGAGAGUGUGUGCAUGCGUGUGUCGUCCAUGGUCAGAGGCCAUGUCAGAAGCCCGGAGGCGUGUCUUGCUUCGCUGAAGUGUAAACCUUAACGAGCAAAUUGCACCUGUAUGUAUGUACAGUCCUGUAAAUAGAGUGGACAGUGUGACACAGCGACCAUGUGGAUAUGUUCUAUUGUAUCUGCCCUCCAAAACAGCUGUGUUAUUGGAUCUUUUAAUUGUUCUUUACAUUUUGACUUUUUGUUUUCACUCAACUGGAAACUUGAAGGACUGCUGUACUUGUAAAUAACAACAGUUGAUGUGCACUUUGUGCGUGUAAAUGUCUCCUUGUCCUGAAUGCCUUUUGUUAUUUUUGACAUGUACUCCCCUCCCCUCACUACCUUUUAACUUAAACUCCUCCCUGUUUAUUGUCCUGCUUGGUCCAUCCCCCUCCUUCCACACUGCCAUGAUGAGAACAGUUUCCUGUCGGCAACAUGCAGACUCCUCAAAUCCACCUUCAAUUUGGUUGUUCAACACAUCCCUCAAUCCGCCAAGAAAACUGUGCGCUCCUUGAUGGUUUGCUUAAAUGAGCCUUCAAAGACACUGCUAAGCGAGGAACGAACUUUCUAUGCAGAACAGUUUGUUCCACGGCAACAUGAAGCCAAACAGGAAAUGUAAGAAAUGUGUUUUCUAUCUGUUAAGAUAGAAGGUACAUGCCCGAGGUACAUGUGACAUGCAUGCACAUAGUCCCAGUCCCUAAAUGCAUGUUGAAUAAAACCCUACUAAACAGAAAUGUCUUUCUCUGGGUAUGUUGUUGAGGAGGUGAUAAACUGUCUGUUUAAAAAAAAAAAAAAAAGAGAGGUCAGUUACUGAUUUCAUGAUGUUUAUUCAUGAUGAUUUCCAAGUUAUUAGAUAUUCAGAAAACAUUAUGAUUAAUGUUCAAGAGAUUAACACCCCAAAGCAAACAUAGAGCGGUUUAAUCUGCACCUACAAGGCUCUUGUAUGCAAAAAUACAUUUGCAAUAUUAAAGGUUCGCAAAGUCAACAGUAACAAAGAAAACCCAUCGCUAGAUUUCUUUAAUUAUUAAAUAAUUAUUAAAUUUAUUCAUGAAGCUUUGUACCAUUUUCCCUCUGCAUGAUCUUACAGUAGCUUGUAGCUAUAUAGUUUUAAUAAUACUUAAAAAAAUACUUUUGGGAGUAGAAUUAUUCUGGGAAAGGUUGGUCUAAAAAAAGGAAGCUAUUAUCCCAAAAUAAGUGGCAGCUUAAACAUCAAUUAUACUAACAUAGUAGAUAUCAGGCGGAUGGAUAUUUUUACCAGAAAAUCUGAGCUUCAAUUUAGAGGCCUGAGCAUGGAGCAGGCGUUAAAUGAACUGUUAUAACAAUAACGAGUGCCAACCCAGGAGGUUAAAAAUCAGACUUAAGCAGGCUAAUCAAACCGAAGCAAAUGCAUACCUUCUCCCAUGACCCUGUGAACUUGCCAAAAAAAUCAGAUGCAAAGUUCAGGCCAUUGCUGAAAAAGGCAAUUAAGUGUGUGCCAAAGGUUAAUAGCAUUUCUCCAAGCAAAAGAAUGACUACAGACAUUGGAAUAUUUUCAUCCUUUCAUUGGAUUGAGCCGGAGUCUGCACUGCCACCCCCAGGAAAUCUUUUCUCUCUGAUAUUAAACUAACACUGGGUAUUUGUCUCAUCUGAAACACUAUAGAGUCAGAGAUUACAUUGGAGCUGUAUUUAACCACAGAGCUUGUCAAAAGAGCGCCCAUGUAAGCAGCAGUGAGGGGAUUAUCAUUUAACCCUUAGCUCAACCCACGUUUGGGCUCGCAGAUUUUAGAUGUAGAGGUGAAUCAUUAAGGUAAUUCAAACAUAAGUCAUCAUGUAUUAAAUUGUAUGUAUAAGAUCAACAGCUCAAUCAGUUUAUUUCAUUAAACAUUUAAUGAAAUGUAUAAAAAUCCAGGCUAUUUUUAUUUUUUCAUUUAACUAACCAUUAUGACCCUCUGCUGAUGGGGGGGAAAAAAACAUAUCAAAUGAAAAACAUUGUAUGAUUAUUAUGUUUUGAGCCACGGCCUCUCUGUUGUUGUUUUUUUAUUUUCCUCAAAUAUUUUACUUUUUUGUAAAUGAGAUAACAUUACAGAAAUAAAAAAUAAUAUUAUUAAAGAGUUUUAUUUAAAGUCAAAGAUGUAGGCCUCAGUGGAGGACUUCUAUUGUGAGGUCCUGAGAUGUUUAGAAGUGGAUAGUAGCAAACUUUUAAAGGCAUGGCAACAAAAUUACGCUCAAAAGAACUAAAUGAGAAAAAUAAGAUUAUUUUAAAAUAAAAUAAAUAACGUUGAAUUUCCACGUGGCUGUCCUCUCUUUCCCUGUGUUAAUGUUUGUGUGUGUUUGUGUUCAUUUGUUGUGGUAUGGCUCUAAUCCUGAUUGGUCCCUUUAUGCUGGGGGGGCUGCCAUCUUUAACAUAUGUGUUAGCCUCCCUCAGUCCUGCAAGUCCAUCUGUGAGAGGACUGCAUCCCAAAAGCCUCCAAAUGGCCUCCUUUCCUCUCUUUCCCAAUUUUAACUCCUUAUACACACUGAAGAGCAUUUUCUCCUCUUCUUUCCUGUGACACCUCAAUCAAUAAUCAGAAAAUACAGAGGCGAGGGGAAAGGAAGCCAUGUCGGAUUGUCGGAACAGAACUCAUAUGUGUCAGCACAUGGUGUCAAUAAUUGUUCUGCUUUGAUUUGACCCCCUGACCUCUAACACUGACCCCUUUUGUCUGACCUCCUCUGGACUCUCAACACAGUGAAGUGACCCAAGAAGUAAUCAAUCAGACUCAGUGACACCAAGGUACACCAGUCCCAAUUGCUUUUAGAUAUUAGCUCUGUUGGGUUGCAAGCUGUGUUUGCAGAUGCCUUCUAACACAUCACACAAUGACCUUGGGAUUAAGCACUUCUUCAAGUUGAAUCUAAUCCUGAUGCAAACAAUUGAGUGCCACAGUGUAUAUACUGUAUAUAUACAUACAUGUAUAUAUAUAUGCUUCUGGGGCAAAAGCCAAUGUUUUUUUUUUGUGUACUGAACUGAUAUUAUUAUGACAUUCUGAUAUUAUAGACUUCACAAAUUCUAAUAUCUCGACAACAGUGGCCGCUUGAAUUUAACAUCCGACAUUAUGGGAAACGCACUUAUUUGCUGUCUUGUCAAGAGUUGAUACCACUUUCAUGUCUGCAAGCUACAGCCAGCUGCCAGUUAGCUUAGCAUAGACUGAAAGCAGACUGGCUGUAACUUCAUUUUUACUGUACAGACAUAAGUGGCGUCAGUCUUCUCAUCUAGCUCUUGGCAAGAAAGCGAAUAAGUAUGUUCCCGAGGAUGUAAAACCUAAUCUACCUUUAAAUAAAAUUCAAGCUGCUUCGAUUCGUUAAGCGCAAAGGCUAAAAACAGACUGGCUGUAGCUUCAAAUUCAUCAUACAGACAUACAAGCAGCAUCGAUCUUCUCAUCCCUCUGCAAGAAAGCAAAUAAGCGCAUUUCCCAACAUAUUGAUCUAUUCCUUUAAGCCAGUUUACUCUCCAGAUACAGUGUACUAGGGACAGCACUGGCUAGCUACCUAUGGUGUAAUCAUUUAUCUUGAAUUGUGAACGUUUGUCCAUCUAGGCUCUUGACAUUCAGCUGUAACAUUUUUAACAUGUUUAAUCUGGAAAAUGUCACAUUUCUGACAAAUGUACAGUAUGAUGUGUGUCUUGGUCCAGAACACUAUGUGCUGCAUCCAAAACGCUGCAGUAGUGGCAGUGACAUCCAUUACACUGGCUAUUGACGGGCAUGUUUAACGAUUGACUGCUUAAGCAAAACAGUCUCCUGUGUCUUAUGUGAAGUGUACCUAUGACCAAUGUCUCCAUACAAAAGGAUUAGUAAGCCAUCGCAGUGUUUACAAAAACACUUAUGGCCUCAGAUUAAAGACACAAAAACUAUUUACAGUAAUACCACGACAUAGCUGUCGGAUGAUCUUCUGACCCACUCUGCUUUCAGUGGGUUUUAAAAAGGCAUAAUAGGGUCAACCCCACAGGAUGACCUAACUGUCAGGUCACAGAGGGUCCAGUCUCCAACAGUUUGUUGCAGUACUUAAUGUGACAUUCCUUUGUUAGGACUCUCUCCGGAGUAAAAAACAGACCUUGUAUCUGGACAAGAGUGCAUUUCUGUCCAUAGAGCAGAUUUAUUCAGCUUAAUAUGAAUUGCUCUCAGAGGAGCUCUUGGAAGUGCACCUUCAGUUUAUGCAUUGCUCUUAGACAGGCUCAUAAAAGCUUCCAGCUUGAGAUGGAUUGCUGAAGUCGAGUUUAAUAAGAAUCAGUUAUUUGGUACCUAUAAUCAUUCAGUCGUGAAUCUCUUUUUGAGUAAACACAGUUGUACAGUAAAGCCUGCCAGAAAGUAAGGUUUCCAUUUGCUGUCUCUGCUGGGAACAAGGACACACAAACAGACAGAACCACAGAUGAAACAUAGGAACCUGUUGACAAGCAAAAUUUCAAACUGAAUGAUUCAGAUAGAAAACAUCAUUCAAUUUCACAUCUUUAUUUUUCCACUGGAAUAACAAUAACAAAAUUGAUGUUUUGGCGAGUGAAGCAUCCGACAAGUAGAACAAAGACUCUGUGCAUCCUUUAUGACUGAACUCUCUGUGGUUUUUGUCCAAGACUCAUUAGCAUCCCAGGAAUCCUUGCAGUUUUAGCCUUGAUGACAGUCAGUGGGUGAGCCACAGAGUACUGCUAUAUUCUGAGGACUGCACCAAGAUCAGUGCAGUAUUUGUGCUGAUGUAGAGGUUCUCCAGAAAGUAUUAGAUGAGACAGGUGACAGGUGACUUUGAGGUGUGUCAUUUUUGGUAUCAAAUAGAAAAAAAUAAGUGUUGAUGCACAGGCACAACUAUUUGUCAGUGAAAAACAAAACAUUAAAAACAGACCUCACACCUCGGGUGGAUGAGCGUUUCCCACACACACAUAUGUGUCAUGAGCAAACCGAACAAUAAUACUAUGUUCAAUAUUAAAAGCAAUAUAUGACGCUUUACCAACUGCUGAGCACUAAAACUGGUACUAUGUUUCCACCUGCUGGUAAAUACAGAGAAAUGGCUCUCAGUGAAACUAAAUGAACUGUGGUAUUGGCCAAUAUUUUCUUGGCCUGAUUUCUCCAGACAUUGAAAUCUGACAAAGAAAAAUGUAAACAGGAAACAUUUGGCCCAAUCUUGUAACAAAACAGGUAAGCAAUGCAAGACUAUAGGGGAUAAUCUAUGGAGCAUUUAAAAUACAAUUUCAAGGGAAAAGAAUUUACCACAGUAAAUUAUGAUAUUAUGUGGCAGAUUUCCUGUGACCAUAAUGCAUCAAAAUAUGAGUAUUUUCGUUUCCAUCAAGCUGUUGCUGCAGGCUAAUUUAGACAGAUGAGUCAUGUUAAUUCUACAGCUUAAACAGCUGUACAUGUAAUGGACUACUUAAGUGAGGAGCUUGUUUAUAAAAGCUGCAACUUUGUUUACAGCAUUGCUGGCAAGCGCAUGGCUUGUUGACAUGCAGCCAAAAGCUUAGGAUGUUGUUAAAAGCAUGUUUGUUUUGAAGAUAUUACUCACCAUCUAGUUACAUUCUUCCCACUGGGCUGAUUUUCUGUUCAACUCAUUUGAAUUUGCAAUUACAGUACGUUGAAAUUAACAUUUUGUUUUGUCAUUGCUCACUAUACCCACAACCACCUCUGCCUUCACUCACACCCUCAACUACAUCACCCACAUGUCUCCCCCUCACCCACUCACCCAGACUCGGACAGCCUCUCCAGCCCCACCCGCCACAGCCUUAGCCUGUCAGAUGGGUCGGAGGACCAGCUGGACCGCCUCCAGCAGGUGGAGCUGGCCAGGACGA